AUGGCCAGCGAUUCCCACGGACCCGCGGAGGCGUCCGCAUCGGACGCCUCGGUGUUUCGGACGCCAGAGCUGCACGGGUCGCCCCACAACGGCGCCUGCGAGACACUGCGGCUGUCCGAGGACGGGCGGAGGCUGUGGACCAGCGGCGCCGACGGGCGCCUGGCCUGCUCCGAGCUGACCCCGGCGGCGGAGGCGGAGGCCGCGCCUCCGGCGCUCACGCGGCUCUGGGCACAGAAGAUCUCCCACGGCCUGGGGGCGGCGCUGUGCGCGGUUGCGCCGGGGGGCGAGCGCCUGGCCUUGGCGGAGGAGACGACGGCGGGGUUCCAGGUCUGGGUUCACCAGCUGGAGCCCACGGGCCGCCUGAAGCCCAAGCCGGCGAGCGCCGGGCGCUUCACGCUCCAGGUGCGGCACCUGCAGUGGCACCCCACGCUGCCGUACCUGUGCAUCUCCACCGACGACGGCAAGGUGGACGUUUGGUGGGAUGGCGAGGCCCGGGGCCGUCGCCCGCUCUGCCGCGGCAGCGGCGACGGCGCGGCGCUCUGCGCCGCCCUCGACGCGGCGCCGUUCGCCGCGGCGCGGGUGGCAGCGGCCUUCGCGUCGGGCCAGUUGGCGGUGUUCAGCGUGGAGGAUGCCAAGGAGAUGCAUUCCGGGCGUGACGCCGUGAAGAAGCCAGAUCCGGCGAGCGCUUGGCUCUUCCCGGCUUGGCGACGCUGGGAUGCGGAGGGGGAGGAGAUCGGACCCCUCUCGGAGCUGAAGGGCGGGCACCGCUUCUCCACCACCCUGGCGGCCUGGCGCGGGCGCCCGACGGCGACGGCGCCCGUCAGUCGCCCUGGGCGGUGA